AGUCGGUAUGGUCGGUACAGUGAAUCUAUAUUUCUUUUAAGAUUUAAAAACCAAAAAAAUUAUAAUUAUGUAUAUUGAUAUAUAAUUCUAAUUAUUAAUCAGGAUUUUGGUUACGUCAGUAUGUAUUAGUUAUUUGUCAAAGUGUUAUUUUUUUCUGUGCACAGAGCGGGUUGUUUAUAGUUUAUUUCAUCAGGCACUUUAACGGUCCACUAAGCUAGAGGCUAACCAAGUAGAAGGAACUGAUGCAGAAGCUAAACAUAUAACAAUGCCAUAAAAUUGUAUUAGCGUUAAUUCUUUUCCCCUAAUCUUUUUUUAUAUUAUUUGACAGGUUUUAGGCUAUACAGCUAUGCAUAUUUUUGGGUGACGGUUGCCACUAUCUCAUACGGAGGUUAGUUAGGUUUCCAUGAUGGUAGUGGAGGUGGAAAGCUUCUUCGGUGUGUACAUGCUUUACUGCACUAACCCAAAGUUUAAAGGCCGUAUCUAUAUCGGCUUUACGGUGAACCCUGAGCGGCGGAUUGGACAGCACAACGCCGGGAAGCACCGAGGGGGCGCCAAGAGAACCAGUGGCAAAGGGCCGUGGGAGAUGGUUCUCAUUAUCCACGGGUUCCCCUCAGAUAUAGCUGCUCUAAGGUUUGAGUGGGCGUGGCAGCACCCUCACUCUUCCAGGCGGCUUUCUCAUGUCUCCCGACGUUCCAAAAAAGAAACAAGCCUGCAGUUUCACUGGCGCGUUGUCUCCAAUAUGCUAAGAGUAGCACCCUGGAACAGGCUGCCUCUGACGGCCCGCUGGCUCAGACAGGAGUAUAGGAUGGACUUUAACCCCUGCCUACAGCCACCCCUGCACAUUCCUGUCGCCUUUGGGAGCGUGAGAGCCAAGAAGAAGCUGUCACUGCCAUCUGCAGGAGAAGAAAGGAUAUCCAUGUGUUUCCUUUGCAAGGGGAUGGCAAAGGUGUCAGAGAUGCUGAGUUGUUUCCACCCGUCAUGUGGGAUGAUCAGUCAUUUAAUCUGCCUGGCUAGAUAUUUCCUGAGGUCGGAGCCAUCCCACCUCCUGCCUGUAGAGGGAAAUUGUCCUUCCUGCCACCGCUCGGUGCUAUGGGGAAGCCUCGUUCGUCAUAAAAACGGCUGCUUUGGAGACCUCGAGGAAAUCCAUCCUUCUGCAUCGCAGAGGCACUGGGCAGAUGAACUGCAGAUGUGAAGAUGAGCAGGCUACAAAUACACACUCAAAGUGAUCGCCUCUCUUGGGCAAUGCAGAGCAAUAUUUCAAAACUGUACAUAAAUGUUAGUAUUUCAUCAUGAACUGCCCUUUUUAACUAUGUAUAGCAAAAAUCAUUAAAUAUUCCUCACUCAGGGUUUGAAUAUGUGCAGAAUCAGGCAUAGCUCCUUUUGUGAUGCCAUCCUUCCAAAAUAAACAUGAAACUUCCAUUUAUAGUUAUACAGACCUUUUUAAAGGGUUGUUUGAAGCAACAUAAUUUUUUUGGUGUCUGUGAGAUUAUAGGUUGGGAAUGUAUUUAUGAAGGCAGAUGAUGACAUUGUGACACAAUCUUGAAGAGAAAGGAUUUACACAAUUUUUAAAUCCUUUCGCAACUUGGCAACACGUAGACAAUAUUAAAUAUUUAAACAUAUUUAUGAAUUUGUUUGCAGAUCAUAAAUUCCUGCUUGCUGAUGUAGAAAAUUUUAUUUUCAGAGUUUUGUUCAUGAAGGCUGUGGGAUCUUAUUUAUAAUUGUAAACUGAUAUGGCAAUGCUUUAAAUUUCUUUUAUCAUGAAAAUUUUAGAAUGUCAACAUUUAUGCAGCCACCUUGUUGUGACCUGACUACCUCCCUUUGUCCACCUGUCCAAUGUAUCCACUAACCAAGACUUGAAACAUGUUUUAUAGCUGGAAAAUAUACAGUAUUCUAUCCUUUCUAAAAGAAGGUCUGCUUGUCUAAAUAGGCAGAUGCAAGCAGUAGGGAUGUGCUGCUUUUUCCAUCCUGGAGCUCUUUUACGCUCAACAUCAACAUAUUAGCGCCAUUAGACUAAGAAUGCGGUGUUAUUAAAGUUAAUUUAUGUGUAAAGGCAGACAGUCAGAUAAUUUAGCAAUAUACAGUGUAGAAUAGAUUAAUUUACAUGUGAAUAAAGUGGAAUUAUAAGCGUU